GUAGCCCGUACAAGUUGUACGACCAGAACAACAUUCCGCAACCUCCGCCGUCGCGUUGUUGUCGUUUGUCGUCGUGGUAACGGGUCGACUCGGGCGCAGGUUCCCGGUUUUGGGCAGAGCCUACUGCGUUUCGUUGUUGGGGGAGGUGUACGACGGUAACUGGGUUUUUUUUGCAACAUUGCUUUUCCAUUGAAGGGAACUUGCAUGCAAAGCCAGCUGCGACGGGUUUCGCGUGUGUGACCUAACCGUACUUAGCUGGCUGCAUUAAGUCACUUGGUUUUGCACGAAUCUGGCAAGUUGUUGAGUGUGUUGGGGACGGGACGAAGGGAAUUCCCUGAAUAUGCAUUGAGUGUGUGCGACGAUGCGGGAAAGUUGUCACGUCAACUGGCGUCAAACCAAGUGAAUCUCUCGAGCUUCGUACAAGUGAGAUCAGUGGAUAAAUACUAAUUAAGCGGCUAAGCGAUCAUCCGAGUGUGUUUAUGCAGCAAUAACCUACAAACCCGUCGCGCAGUAGGCCAUACCUGUGCACCGUUGAAGUGAAACUGUGAAGAAUCUGCGAUGCCCGCGUGGAUAAUUAGCUUGAUGGCCUACUAGGACGCGAACCGAAACCGACGAGGGAAAAAUUAUUGUCAAAAAAAAAACGAGCAGAGCACGUCGUUCCACUUCCACGCAGAGCCUACUCUGCUAUUAACGAAAGUCGUUGGAGCGGAAAUUGAUAUUCGACCGCGUCGUCGUCGUUGGGCGUCGGCGUCGCCAUCACACACAGUCUGAGUGUGUGUGUGUCUGAAAGUGUGCGUGAUUUAUUCUUUCUCACUUUUUUUUUAUCGAAUAUUCAAUUCGAAUGACAUCAUUAUACACGGCACAGAACGACACACUCGGAAUAUCAGCAGCAACCGGCUUAGCAGCAGCAGCGAUAAAUAACAAAACAAACUACCAAUAGGGGUGUGGGGUGUCACUUUUCGAGAGGGCGUUAUUGUUCAAAGAAUUAAACAAAGCCAUCAGCAUGAGUGCCGCCGUAAGUCCCGAGCAGCCGUCCACGCCCGAUUCCGCCCAGUACCAGAACAACCCGUACCGGAACAGCAAUGGAACGUACGCGACCAUCUCGGAGUCGGAGACGGCGUCGUCCAGCACGACCAGCACGAGCGGAUCGGCGAUGACCACGAUCAACAGUAACCACAGCAGCAGCAUCUUCAAAAGUAGCAGUGGCCGAUCGUCGUCCUACCAGCUGCACCAGCAGCACCUGCGGAGUGCGUACGGAGCGUCCGAGGAAAUGCUCGAAACGGAAAAGGCCAGCCUGGUGGAGCGGGUCAACGAUCUGGAGCGGAUAGUGCUCGAGCAGAAGGAUGAAAUCGUGUGCCUCAAGUCGACGCUGGCGGACGUCCUCCGGCGGCUCAGCACGCUCGACAACAGCUACGACAGCGGCAAGUCCACGCUGGAGAACAGCUCGUCGCACAACAGCUCCGUCAUGUCGAGCAAAAGUUUCCGCUUUUCGCGGAAUACCAUCACGAGGUUAAACUCCAGCGUGGACGAGAAGCGCUUCGGCCGCGUCCCAUCCCGCGUGACCAGCUCCCCCUCGCGCAGCGCCAUGUCCUCGUCCUCCUCGCACGGCACCGCCAAAGCCAGCAGCCUGGCCCAGAAGGCGAUCCACCACUCGAACGGUUCGCUCCACUCGGAUUCGAUGAGCAGCCACUCGAUCUCGCCGGCACCGUCGCCCUCACCCCGCCAGCCAAACUUGCAGAAUCUGUCCGCUUCCGUCGUGGGCUCGAUUGGGGUUAACGGAGGAGGUGGCGGGACGAACGGGGUGACCGGGAUGGGUAAGCGGUGGAGUUCGACGGGGGAUUUCGUGAGUGGAUCGCCGGGGACGCCGGUCAGCAGUGCCAGUGGGAAUAGUAUUUCGAGGUUUUCGACCAAGUCGUUGCUGAAUCUGAACAGCAGCUUGGGCGGUCACAACGGGACGGGGAAGGGAGGAUCGCAUGCCUUUGUGCAGAAGAAGGAGGACGAUGACUAUUUGAAGUUGUACAUUAGUGGCCGUCCGGUUGUGUUGCACAUUCCAGAAGCUCAAAUUAGUUCGUACGAAACGACGAAGGUUCAGCCGGCGCCGAACAAGCGGUUAAGGUUGGACUGGGUGUACGGAUACCGUGGGAAGGACUGUCGCUCGAAUCUGCACCAGUUGCCGACUGGGGAGAUGGUGUACUUUGUAGCCGCAGUGGUGAUCUUGUACAACAUGGACGAGCAGAGUCAACGGCACUACGUGGGUCACACGGACGACGUAAAGAGUUUGGCGGUUCAUCCGAACAAGCUGCUCGUGGCUACUGGGCAGUGUGGAGGCCACGACGGGCAUGAUACGUUGCCGCACAUUCGGGUUUGGAACUCGGUUUCGUUGGCCACGUUGAACGUGAUUGGGAUGGGAGACUUUACGGGCGCGAUCAACUGCUUGUCGUUCAGCCGAGCGGACAGUGGAACGAUCCUGGCGGCGAUCGACGACUCACCGGACAAGAUCAUCUCGAUUUGGGACUGGCAGAAGAAGGAGAACGGGCGGAGGAUCACCGAGACCAAGUGUUCGGUGGACACGAUCGUUGCGGUGGAGUUCCACCCGCUGGACAAGGGUCAGAUCAUCACGAUCGGCAAGAAUCACAUCGCGUUCUGGUCGCUCGAUCAGAACGGAAUGCUCUACAAGCGGAUGGGCGUGUUUGAGAACCGGGAAAAGCCGAAGUACGUCACGGCGAUCACGUUCACACCGGCUGGAGAUAUCGUAACAGGAGACUCGAGCGGUAACAUAGCGAUAUGGUCGCGAGGAACGAACGUGAUUAGUCGAUUCUUGAAAAAGAUCCACGAGGGAUCGAUCUUCUCGAUCUGUUCGCUGCGCAAUGGUGGAUUCGUGUCCGGUGGCAAAGACGGCCGGCUGGUCCUUCUGGACGAAUCGAUGCGCAUGAAGGCUGAACAGCUAGUCGAGCCGCACUUUGGGGCGGUUCGUGUCGUGGCGCAAGGUAAAGGAUCGCAACUGCUGAUCGGAACGACCAAGAACUGCAUCCUUUCCGGUGACUUUACCCUCGGAUUGGUCCCAAUGGUGUUGGGUCACACGGACAUCCUGUGGUCGCUGGCGUCACACCCGCAGGUCGCCCAGUUCGUCACCGGAGGUCGCGAUCGUCUUCUGCAGCUGUGGGACUCCCUUUCCCACUCGGUGGUCUGGAGCAAGGACAUCGGAGAACCCAUCCAGUCGGUUCAGUUCUCCAACAGUGGUGACACGAUCAUCGUCAGCGGCGUUGGUGGCCGGUGGAUGGUGUUUGACACGGUCACCCGGGAACUGCUGGCCGUGUACCAGGACGGACAAGAUGUGAUCCAAACGAUCAAGUUCUCCCCGGACGGGAACCUGCUCGCGUUGGGAUCGAAGGAUAGCUGCGUGUACAUUUACCAGUGUACGAAGGCCGCUCAUCGCUUCUCCAAGAUUGGAAAGUGCACGGGUCAUUCGAGCUUUAUUUCGCACAUCGACUGGUCCAAGGACAGCACCGUCCUACGGACAAACUCCGGAGACUACGAGCUUCUCUACUGGAAUCCGACGCUCUGCCGCCAAAUCACGACCCACGGCACGGUUCGCAACCUCGAGUGGGCCACCCAGUCCUGCACCGUAAGCUUCGAAACGGUCGGCAUCUGGCCGGAAAACUUUGACGGCACGGACAUCAAUAGCGUGUGCAAGGACGGCGAGGAGCAGUUUCUGGUCACCGCCGACGAUACCGGCAAGAUCCGGCUGUUUAGCUAUCCGGCGUCCCAGCCGAAGUCACUGUCGCAUGCGUACCGAGGCCACAGCAGUCACGUGACGUCGGUCAAGUUUAUGCACGACGGAGUGCGGUUGCUGUCCGCCGGCGGAAUGGACACCAGCGUGCUGCAGUGGCGCGUGGUUUGAAACAACGAGCGUGGUUUGAGCGAACGAGAAAUAUGGAUGAAUGCAUGAAUGCACGUGAUGAGAACAACAAUAUUGGCCAAGAACAAAAGAAACAGAUGCAAGUUUUGUGCAGUUUACUAAUUGUUACAUUAGUAUUUAAAUUACACAAAUACAGACACACAGAAAAGACAAAAAAGAACAGACACAAUACACCACUUUAUUUAUUAUCUACUCUACUUUAUUAGGUACUUUGUAU